AUGACAGACCAGUUGAGCGAGGAAACUCUCCUCUUCAAUGCUUUGAAAGCUCACCAAGGUCAACCAACAACAGCUUCUGGGAACAACAGCCAGGGCCAGAUGAACCGAACUACAGGGAGCCCAGAGUGGUGUGGUGAAUUCCCAUGGAACUUCCGCAAGAAUGUGCCUGGCAGUUGCAUACCAGUUGCAGAUUUCGAGGCCAACAAUACGAUCGAUGCCUCUGCUGCGAUGGCAAAGGAGCCCACUGUCGAGGUUGCCUUCGCAACUUUGGAGGGCAUUUGGCUGAUCAACCGAGGUUCAACCAAGGACAGGACCUUGGUUUGCUGGGUGAAAUCCCAGAAUGGCUCAACGACCAAGACCAUUCACAGUGUGGCAGACCUCUUGUGCAGCAUUACCAGGGAACGUGGGAUCACUGAACUUCGAAUGACUGAUCACGAUUUGGAGUCGAUGAUGAAGGUGCUUGCGGAUGGACAGCAAAGGGCACUGCACUACCGCUACAAGAUUAGCCCUGUGCAGAAGAUCAACGCCUUCAAAGCCAAGGAAUUGGACCCACAGGUUUCUCGAAUUGGCAUUCGGAGUGCCAUGUUGGGGGCCUAUUUCAGCAAGAAGUUUGACAAGAUGCCGCAGAAUGACUGGGUCAAGGUUCUUUGGGAGGCCAGGUCAUCCCAAAACAAGUGUUGGUUUAUGAAUCAAAACCAAGUUCAGAAACAUCAAAUCUAA